AUGUCUUUGCUUUCUGAGCGGCAGAAGGAGGAACUGCAUAAGUCUAUGCUGGAAUAUCUUCGUGCCAACAAUUUCACCUCGGCAUACAACGCGCUAAAGGAAGACACUGGUGUAGAGUAUACUCCAGACCCCAAAGCCAAGUAUGCAGGCCUUCUGGAGAAGAAAUGGACCAGUGUUAUUCGUCUGCAGAAGAAGAUCAUGGACCUUGAGACUCGAAACGCAUCUCUUCAGGAAGAGCUUUCACUUGCCCCCUCAAAACGUGCGGCCAUGCAAGCCGAUUGGGUUCCGCGUGCCCCUGCUGCGCACGUUCUUACUGGCCACAGGCAAAGCAUAACCCGUGUAGCAUUUCAUCCACAGUACUCGCUCCUAGCCUCCGCAAGUGAAGAUGCCACCGUCAAGAUAUGGGAUUGGGAGACAGGGGAAUUUGAGCGAACGUUGAAAGGCCAUCAGAAAGUGGUCAACGACGUAGAAUUUGAUCACAAGGGCCAUUUGCUAGUAACGUGUUCUGCUGAUUUAUUCAUCAAAAUAUGGGACUCGCAGAACGAGUGGAAGAAUAUAAAGACGCUGACAGGACAUGAUCACGCAGUUUCUUCAGUGCGGUUUAUGCCGGGAGAUCAGUAUAUUGUCAGUGCAAGUUGGGAUCACUCUAUCAGAAUAUUUGAUGUCGCUUCGACGCAUCUCGUGCGCACCAUACGCGGUCAUACUGACUGGGUCCGUUGUGUCACACCGUCAGAUGACGGUCGAUUACUUGCCAGUGCAUCAAAAGAUCAUACGGCCAAGAUAUUUGACCCCCUUACGGGAGAGCAGAAAAUGGAGCUCAGAGGUCAUGAGCACCAAGUGGAGAUCAUCUACUUUGCUCCUAUAGCAUCAUAUGAUGCGAUUCGCGAGUUGGCAGGAAUCCCGAAUACUGACCGCACCAAGAGACCAGGGGCAUACGCGGCGACGGGUUCCAGAGAUAAGACAAUCAAGCUUUGGGAUACUCAGAGUGGUCAGAUGUUGAAGAAUCUUGCUGGACAUGACAAUUGGGUGCGAGCGCUCGUGUUCCAUCCCUCUGGCAAACUGUUACUGUCUGCUUCCGACGACAAGACCAUACGGGUAUGGGAACUUGCGACUGGCCGAUGCAUAAAAACGGUUGAGGCGCAUACACAUUUUGUCGCCACGCUGGCAUGGGGACGGCAAAGAGUGUCCAGCAAAGCCAACGGAUCGGAUGGAGCUGACUCGAAGACAGGAGAAGAGAAAUUAGUCAACGUAGUUGCAUCUGCUGGGCUAGGCAAUACUUUAAUUAUGCUGGGCAUGGUGAGGGACGCUCGGGAACUACAGGCAUUCUUUUUCGUUGCAACCUUUGGACUACCAAGCAGUAGCCUUGCCAGCUUCGAACACCAUCUCACUCCCGAUGGCGCCCUCGUCGUCGUCGACCUCGUCCUGGCUCGACGACGUCCUGUGCAAGUCGCCGUGCGUAUUCGACCGACGACCUCCCAAGACACAGCGUCCAUACCUGCCCGUUUUCAGAGGAUUGUUGUCCAUGGCACGUCUCACACAAGCGUAACCAUCGACGCGUCCUCUGCUGCUCCAACUGCUUCCGGGUCUGCCACCGCUGUCGCUACGCCUUCCACGCCGACUGCGAAAAAGCAAGUCUUCUCCUUUGACCAAGUCCAUUCCCCAAAUACCACACAGCAUGCUAUGUUCACAAGUACAGCCCUACCCCUCAUUUCCCAUUUCUUGGAAGGUUUUAAUUGUACUGUUCUUGCCUAUGGCCAAACAAGCAGCGGAAAGACAUUCACCAUGACUGGCGUAGAUCUGGACGCCAACCCUUCGGAUCCCCACAAUGGCAUGGGGAUAAUACCACGGGCUGUAUCUACCAUUUUCGUCCAAGCGAGGAAGCUCAAGGAAGAACGUGGUGCAUCCUGGAAUUAUACCAUCAAGGGCUCUUUCAUAGAGAUUUAUAACGAGGAUUUAAUCGACCUUCUCAGCUCGGACGACACGGGUGGCGUUCGACGUGAAGUUCAAAUCAGAGAAGCUAAAGAUGGCUCUAUUAUCUGGGGAGGCCUCCGUGAGGUCACCGUACGUAGCAAUGCUGAAGUUAUGAACCUGAUUCGCCAGGGUACCUCAAUAAGGCGCACUAACGAGACUGACAUGAACGCACAAUCUUCACGCUCUCACGCUAUCUUCUCUUUGACAUUGACUCAGAAGAAAUACACUGGUUCUGGCGUACCUCCCCGUUCGUCAUCCCCUUUGCCUCCUUCUGGCCGCUCUCCUUCUCGCCUCGCCCGUCCGGGCUCCUUACAUGCGAAUGGGUCCCCCUCUUCUGCCCGGGUGUCAUCUCCCACUCCGGGACGACCUUCUACACCAAGCUUUCAGGCUGCGAUGGGAAGAGGCGCCGGAUUGCGACCGGCUAGUUCGCUAGGUUUACGACCACCUGAUAACCGAGCGGACGCUGCUGAUGACGAUGCUGGAGGUUGGACGACGAUAGUGUCUAAAUUCCAUUUCGUGGAUUUGGCUGGUUCUGAAAGGCUCAAACGAACAUCUGCGGCCGGCGAACGCAUUAAAGAGGGAAUAUCUAUCAACAGCGGCCUUUUGGCCCUCGGAAAUGUCAUCUCUGCUCUAGGAGACCCGGCGCGGUCCAAGUCCCAUACCAACUCGCACGUCCCCUACCGUGAUUCGAAACUCACACGACUUUUGCAAGAUUCACUCGGAGGCAAUGCUCAUACAAUGAUGAUUGCCUGUGUCAGUCCGACAGAGUGGAAUGUCGGUGAGACGGUGAACACCCUGAAAUAUGCUAACCGCGCAAGAAAUAUCAAGAAUCGUGUUACCGUCAAUGAAAAGGAGGACGGGUGGGACGACAUCGAAUGGCUCCAGGGCACCGUUACCCGCCUCCGUAAGGAACUCAAACAACUUAAAGACGGAGGAGCCAUCAUCCCCCCGGGAUCCCAUGGUCUGGGGACACAUAUAAGCGACUCUACAGAAAGUCCCAACAAGAGAGUUCUCCAGCAGAUGUCGGAGUUGCGAAACAAUUACGAAGAUCUUCGGGAGAAAUACGUGGAGCGGACAGAGGAACUUGCCAGGUUACGUCGCGAACUUGGCGAAAAACACCGGCAGUCUUCAGGUGGUAGUAUAGGGGGCACGGCUAAAUACGAGGAGAUCGUUGGGCCUGUCAUCGAGGAAUACGAGAAAACCAUCAGUGCCAUGGAAGCAGAACUUGGCUUGAAUCGUGCAGCAUUGCGCCUUACCAACGAGAUGGUGGAGGAGAAGGAGGAGGAGCUUGCACAGCUUGCUGAAAGACACGUUGCGACGGAACUUUAUGUGGAGGAGCUGAGGACGCGUCUGGUCAAGUUAGGCGAGCGGGAGGCUUCAACUGAAGCCUAUGUUCGUGACCUGGAAGAGAAGAUGAAAUCAUAUGACGAGACAUGCGUUUCCUCCAGCGAGUCGCUGUCGGAUUUGAAACGCGAAGUUGCCCGGUACAGGGAAGCGGAAGCACACUCCAUUACCUACAUUACGGAAUUGGAGUCGCGUCUCGCUCGAGCCGAUGAAUCCAUCCUCUCCCUCCAACAGAGCGUGGAGCAUCUUGAACGUGAGGGUGAAAGGAGGCGGGAGGAGGUGGGGACGUUGCAGACGCGGCUGGAAAACUUUAAGAGCGACGGGGAGAAUUGGCGGACCGACUUAGAGGAGCGAGAGAAGAAAGUUCGGGAGUUAGAAUUGAAGAUGGAGGAGUGGAAACAGAAGAGAAAGGAAGUCGGCGAAGACCGCGCUCGAUUGGGCAGCGUGAUUGGCGAAGUCGAACAGGCAAAGCGUGGCCUUGAAGACCUGACGACCACAAAGAACGGGAUAUCUAACCCCUCCUCUGGUGUCCAGACGCCAACGAAGAUCGACCUUUCGGUCGAGGCCCAAUUAGCCGAUCUCCAACAAACAUACGCAGCCACCCUAACUGACCUGACCUCGGUCUCUGCCAAGUACCAUAAUGCUUUGCAAGAGAUCGCAGAUCUUGCGGCUCAGAUUCAAGAAGCUAAGCUCUCUAAUCCAACUAUCCCAGAAUCGCCCGCAGAGAACGUAGAAAUGCCAACUUUCAGGAGAAGGAUGACAGCGUCUAGGAGCCGAGAAGCACUAGGUGAUCCAACGCAUUUUGACGCAUCUGGGAAGCGGCAUUUUUUCAGGCAAGCAGCUUCUUCAGAUUCUUUGCAUGCGAAGUCAUUGUCCCAGUCACUUUUGCCGUCGGUGUCGUUGUCACAGGAGCUAUCCUUGGCGCGAUCACGCAGAAUCUCUGGUUCAAGCCAUGGGACCUCUAGCCCAAUUCCACAAUCUCCCUCCCCUCAUCACUCAACUCCGUCCAUUUCCUUGUCCAGCCCUAACGGUGGAAGCACGCCAACGGAGCACCGAUCUAUUGUUAGUAUGGAGAGAGAGAUUAUGCGGCUCCAAGAGGUACUGAAGGAAAGGGAAGCUGAGAUCAUUGCACUCGAAGUGUCUUUGAAAGAGAAGGAGCAGAUUUCUGCUGUCGCGCCGUCAGUGACUACGGUAUCAACUGAUGCUACCGAUCCCUCUACGCAUCUCUCCCCAACUACAGCCCAGAAGUUCGAGGCUAUCCGCAAAAGCAUGGCACUUCACGGUGUUUCCCCACUUCCAAAUGGCGCAAGUCCUGACACUGAAGUUGACGAAUCGCUUGACCGGCUAAACGAACUAAUGCUGUCGAUGGCUCAGAAAGAAUCACAGCACCAGGAGCUGGUCGAUUCCUUGAACCAGCAGUUGACUCAGGUCCGACGCGCACACGAUGAAUUGGUAAUACUAUCCAGAGAUCAGACUCUCAACAUGUCCACCGAACUCGAAGGUCUACGUCUUAAGCAUGACAACACUCUGGAAGAGCUAGAAAGCCUACGUCAGCGCGAGCACGAUUUGUUGGAGUCCAUAAAGCAAGCGGAAGUUGACCAUGCAGCUGCUAUGGAGGCGUUGCGAUCAGACCACCAACAAGCCUUAGAUGCCAAGAGCAAAGAGGUCGACGAGUAUGUUGCACGUGUCAAGGACGAACAUGAAUCAUCUCUUGGGAGCCUUCGCGAUCAACUCAACGAAGCGAAUGCUGCUCUUGAAAAGGCGACCCGGGAGCACGAAGAAAACUUCGGCAAGUUACGAGCAGAGCAUGAUUCUGCACUCCAGCACUCCUUGCAAGAAGCUAGUUCCACUCUUCAGCGACUCGAGGCAGAACAUCAGGCUGCUCUCGCUAAGCUCUCUGCUGAACACGAAGCGGCCAUGAGGAGCAAAGAGGAAGCUACUGCUGCCGACCUCCACCGCACCGAAGAAGAGUACUACAACGCGCUAACGAAGUUGCGUAAUGACCAUGCCGAGGCUUCGCAAAAGCAGGCUGACGAAGCCGCGGCGAUGCUUGAGCGCCUCAGGGAAGAUCAUGCAAGCGAAAUCCGUAUGGCUGAGAAAGCCCGGGAGUGUUCCCUUUCAGAGUCGGAAUCCGCCCGUGACCAGGCUCUUCGUGAGCUGCAGGAGGAACAUGCUUCAGCCAUUGCUCGGAAGGAAACCUUGUACACGGAAGAUAUGGAAAGGCUCAAAGCUGAUCAUGCUCGUAUUCUGUCCGGCAAAGAAGAGGAUUACAGGUCUCGACGAGAGCAUAUGAAAAUGGAACACACAACUGCGAUGGCGGUACUCAGGGAACAAUCUGAGGCACAAAUCGAGAGCCUUACCAAGGCCUUUCAACAACUGGAACAAGAGGCUGCAGCUUCGGCGACUAAAGCGCGCGAGGAGCACGACUCAACCAUUCAGGCUCUGCAGAGGACCCACGCUGCGGCUCUCGAGGAAUUGGCUCGUAACCACGACGACGAGAUUGCACAGCUAAAAGCGUCGCAGGAGAGCAUGUUGCAAGCCACACUUGCGAAGGCCGAAGAGGAACGCAAGUCUCUUCAAGAGGCUGCCUUGCUUGUGGCCCGCUGCGCUCUAGAGGAUGCACAGAAACAGCACCUCGCAGUCGUUGAAGGACUCUAUGCAACAGCUGAACGUCAGCUGACAGAGGAGCGUGAACACUCUGCCACCGCGCUUGCGGAACUUGAACAACGCCGUUCAGCAUUGUGCGACGAAUUCGAGAAUGAGCGCUCUGUUCUCCGUAAAGAACUUGACGUCGCUCGUGCCGGUGUCAAGAUCUCUGAGAACCAUCACAGACAGGAGUUGGAGACAGAAAGACAGCGCUCAGCGUUGGCUCUCGAGGAACUGCAAAUUGCACACUCUGGUGAACGUGAAAUGUUACUAAAGAACGUCGAACAUCUCAAGAAUGAGCUGAAAGUCACAUCAGACAACGCACAACUCGUGGCAACUAUGGAAGAGGACUUGGCGAACGUUCGCUUGGAAAAAAACCAGCUCGAGGAUGAGGUGGAGAAGCUCAAGGCUGAACUUGUAGGGAUGCAGACGGAGCAGGCCAAACUUGUUCAAGAAGCUUCGAAGCGCCAAUCACUUACUAACGAAUUGGAGAAACAUCGUUCUCUUAUUGCCGAGAUGCAGGAAAGCCUGCAACGUGUCAAAGACGAGAAAGAUACCCUACAGGGAGAGAAAACUAGGCAGGAGAAUGCGUUGCGCGAUCUGCAAGUUCAGAUUGCGCGCAGCUCCACCGUACAGGAUGCACAGUCAUCCAGAGCCACCCCAGAGCGCAACCUUUCGUUUACCAGGAUAAAUAAUCUAAACGGUAAACUUCCACCCCCGACCCCUCCGCCAUCCGUACCACCUCCACCAGCUCCCAAGCCCCAAGAAUCCAACUUCAGCGUAUCGACACAGUUUUCGGUUAUUUCCCCUUCGUCUUCGAGGGACUCCCAAGCCACGGAUUCGCCAGCAACCUCAGUUCUAUCCAUCAAUGUUCCAGGCGUCCCGUCUUUGGACACAAAGGCGGUAGCCGCCAAGAUCGAAGACCAAGCACGGCAAAUUAACGAACAGGAGGCAAUGAUCAAGACGCUCAACAAGCAGUUGUCGCACUGUGAGAGUGAUCUUGCUACGCACAUGGACCUCGUGAGUACGCUGGAAACUUCUCUGAGCGAGUCCGAAAAGAAUCUUCGCAAAGCUCGAAUGCAAGCGACGGAACUCGUACGGGAAAGAGAUUCUCUGAAUUCGCAGAUAGACAGUCUUCGCAACGAACUCCAGGAUGCGCGUCGAGAAGUUGCUACAGUGCGGAAGUCGAUCGCGGAAGAGAAGCAGUCCUUGGAGUCUAGACUCGACGAGGAGCGCCGGGCAAAGGAACGAGCCCGCGCACAGCUCGACUCAAGGAUGGACGAGAUCCAGCGACGCAAAUCCAAGUUUGCGUGCCUCUAG